AGUGAUUCGCUGGCUCGAGCGGCCGGGCCUGCCCCCCGAAAUGGCCAGCCCGAGCGGCGCGGCGGCGCCACGGCUGUCCAACUUCCAGCGCGUCAAUGGGGAGUUCAUGAGGAGCGUUGGCGAGGCGGUAUACAGCACGCCUCGCAUGGACGUGUUCGACAGCGAUCCAAAGUGUGUCGAGAGGCGCCUUCUACUGAUAGAGGAGGAGCUCGCCGAGCUCGAGGCCGCCGUGAACGCAAAAGACAUGGUCGAGACGAUCGAUGCCUUGGGUGACAUACUGUACGUGGUCUAUGGCACUGGUGGGGCGUUCGGUAUCGACCUGGACCAUGCCUUCGACCUGGUGCAUCGGUCAAACAUGAGCAAGUUAUGCACAACGGAGGAGGAGGCUCGGGAGACAGUGGAGUGGUACAAGAAGAACUACACACCGGGCGGCAAGUACCCAUACGACACGCCAGAUGGCGGACCGGCGCGCGCCAGAUGGGAAACGCUUCGUCGUCCUCAACGCGUCCACUGGAAAGAUCCUCAAGAGCGUCAACUAUCGAAGUUUUCGACACAAUUCUCUCCGCUGGGAAAGCGUGUGCUGAGAGUGCCACGCGAGAGACGUUUGGUGCAUCCUCUUUGAUUGAUGCCGCCGCCGGGGCGACGACCAAUUUCAGAAAGGUGACCGAGGAGUUCAUGAGAGGCUUCGGCGAGGAGGUCGCCUACGCGCCACGGAUGGACGUCUUCGAGUCCGAUCCUAAGACAGUGAACCUCCGUUUGUCGCUUAUCCGCGAGGAGGUGCGGGAGUUGGUUGAGGCCGUGCAGGCGAAGGACAUGGUGGAGACCAUCGACGCGAUGGCCGACAUCUUGUACGUCGUGUACGGCACAGGGGGGGCGUUCGGCAUAGAUCUCGACAGGGCCUUCUGCCUGAUACACGAGUCGAACAUGAGCAAGCUCUGCGCCAGUGAAGAGGAGGCCAGGCAUACGGUUGAAUGGUACAACGAGAGCUGCCUGGUCAACGGCAAGCGUCGGUAUGACUCGCCAGACUACAAGCUCGGGCCGGACGGCCGCUACGUCGUCUUCAACGCGUCCACGAACAAGACGCUCAAGAGUGUACAUUAUUCGCCCGUCAAGUUCGACAGCAUGCUGCCAGUUUGGCAGCCAGCAAAUGCUGGCGCGUGAGAGUGGCGAUUAUUGCAGAGGGGGUCAUCGCGGGGGCGGAUAGUUGCAGGGGAGGAGGGACCGGGUCGCAGGGUGCCUCUGUGGUUUGCCGAGCUCUAGGCCGCCAUGCGGGGUUGUUGGCGCCUGGAAGCACAGGGAGGCCAAGCCAGAGGCUCUCCGUGCCCAGGCGCGCGUCUCCGCGGGGGCCGAGGCAGCUUGCAAAAAGGCUUCCCUCCGCGCGCGGCACUCCUGGUCCCGGCAGGUGCACCGGCGCACCACCGCGGCAGGGGCCGCGAGGAGUACCGAGGGGUGUUGCAGCAGCUGCUGCUGCCAGUUGCCUACGCCACUCCGCGCGCUUCCUGUCGGCCUCCUGCGCUUCGGCCGCAGCAAGGGCACGCUAUGCACCCGCGCGGUGCCGCGGAGCGGAGACCGCUCGUGCCCCAGCGAGAGGCCGGAGGGUAAAAGGCGCGACCUCUGCCCUGUCGGCUGCCCCUCUGCCUCUG